AUUGGGGGGUGUGUUUUUUGGGGGGGGGGGGGGGGUGCGUUUUUGGGGUGCCGUGAUGGAGCUGGCGCUGCUGCUGGCGGUGCUGGGCGCCGCGCGCGCCCUCUCCACGUGCCGCUCGCUGGACCUGGAGGCCGCGCGCAGGAAACGCAUCGAGGCCGUUCGGGGCCAGAUCCUGAGCAAGCUGCGGCUCACGGCGCCCCCCCCCGCGCCCCCCCACACCCCUUCAUCAUCCUCCUCCUCGGCCCCCCCGGCGCUGCCCGAGGACGUGCGGGCGCUCUACAACAGCACGUGGGAGCUGCUGCAGCAGCGCGCGCGGGGCGCGCCCCCCCCCGCCCCCGAGGACUAUUAUGCCAAGGAGCUGCAUCGCUUCCCCAUGGAGCCGCCCGGAGACGCCGCUGUGGGGCGCGGCGCCCCCCCCGGCCGCGCUCUGCUGCUGCGGUUCAACGCGUCGCGGGUGCGCGCGGAGCUGGGCCCGGGCGCGCUCCUGCACCGCGCGGAGCUGCGGCUGCUCCGGCAGAGGGCGCCCGAGGGCGGCGACCAGCAGCGCCUCGAGCUCUACCAGGGCUUCGGCAACGCCUCGUGGCGGUACCUGCAGGGCCGGUGGGUGCAGGCGGCGCCGGACGAGGAGUGGCUCUGGUUCGAUGUCACCGAGGCCGUGCAGCAAUGGCUCAGGGGCAACGAGCCUUUGGGCACCUUCAAGCUGAGCGUCCAUUGUCCCUGUGACGAGCCGGGGCCGCCCCCCCCCAUGCGGAUCACCAUCGAAGGGUUCGAGCAGCAGCGCGGGGACAUGCAGAGCAUCGCGCAGAAGCACCGGCGCGUCCCCUACGUGCUGGCCAUGGUGCUGCCCCCCGAGCGCGGCAACGACCUGCGCAGCGCCCGGCGCCGCCGCGGCCUCGAGCCCCAGUUCUGCUUCGGCCCCCCAGCCCCCCAGCGCCCCACAGCCGCCGCUGCGCCCCCAGGCCGGAGGAGCAGAGCUGCUGCGUGCGGCCGCUCUACAUCGACUUCCGGCGGGACCUGCAGUGGCGCUGGAUCCACGAGCCCCGCGGCUACAUGGCCAACUUCUGCGGCGGCGCCUGCCCCUACCUCUGGAGCGCGGACACGCAGUACUCCAAGGUGCUGGCGCUGUACAACCAGCACAACCCGGGGGGCUCGGCCGCGCCGUGCUGCGUGCCGCAGAGCCUGGACCCGCUGCCCAUCGUCUACUACGUGGGGCGCAAGGCGCGCGUGGAGCAGCUCUCGGACAUGGUGGUGCGGGCCUGCAAGUGCAGCUGACCCCGGGCCUGCCCCGCCGACCCCCAGCACCCCAAAUCACCCCCCAAAUCCCCCCAUAACAGCCCCAAAACCGCCCAAAACACCCCAAAAUCACCCCAAAUCAGCCCAAAACAGCCCCAAAACACCCAAAAUCACCCCAAAACAGCCCAAAACAGACCAAAACAGCCCAGAGCACCCCAAAAUCACCCCCGAAACAGCCCAAAACACCCCAAAUCACCCCCAAACAGCCCCAAAACAGCCCAAAAUCACCCCCGAAACAGCCCAAAACACCCCAAAAUCACCCCCGAAACAGCCCAAAACACCCCCAAACCAGCCCAAACCAGCCCAAAACCCCCCCAAAACAGCCCAAACCACCCCAAAAUCAUCCCCAAACCAGCCCAAAACACCCCCAAACCAGCCCAAAACAGCCUAAAACCCCCCCAAAGCAGCCCAAACCACCCCAAAAUCAUCCCCAAAACAGCCCCAAACACCCUAAAAACACCCUAAAACACCCUUUUCUAUCCCCAAAACCACCCAAAACAGCCCCCAAAACACCAAAACUCACCCCAAAAUCGCCCAAACCCCCCAAAUCACCCCCAAACCCCCCCAAACAGCCCAAAAAACCCCCCAAACACCCUAAAACCACCCAAAACAGACCCCAAAACACCAAAACCCACCCCAAAAUCACCCCCAAAAGAGCCCAAAACACCCCCAAAAACCUUUUUCUAUCCCCCAAACCACUCAAAACAGCCCCAAAACACCCCCAAACACCCUAAAACCACCUUAAAACACCCUUUUUUAUCCCCAAACCCACCCAAAACAGCCCCAAAACCACCCCCAAACUGCCCCCCAAAUCACCCCCGAAACAGCCCAAAACCACUCUAAAACACCGCAAACCCAGCCCUUUUCACCCCAAAGCACCCCUUUGGACCCCAAACCCACUUUUCACCCCCAAAUCCCCCUUUUAUACCCCCAAAAUCAACACAGAGACCCCAAAACCCUCUUUUACACUCCCAACCCCCCCUUUUGUACCCCCAAAUCCCCCCCUGCACCCCCAAAUCACCCCUUCGUGCCCC